GAUGAUGUCAUGUGACAUCAUUGUCCUGUAUGAGAUGAUAUCAUGUGACAUGGGGCAUUAUCCUGCUGGAAGUAUCAUCAGAAGAUGGGUCCACUGUACUCAGGUCUCUGCUGCCUGUUGAACUGCUACACAGUGAGAGGAUUGCGUUUUCUACCUGAUAAAGCCAUUAACUUUAAGAACUGCGAUCCGGCUCUGAAUGAAUGUCCAGCUAACUCCACCUGUGAGGAAACAACUAACAACAACAUCAACUACUACAAAUGUGGAUGUGAUAUCACCCACUUCAAUGUCAAGGACAAGCUGACCAUCACUUACCCGGGCGGGGAGUGUCUCGAACUUUGUGGCGCUGGAAAACCCUUCCCCUGUGCCUGUAAUAGGAGGGGAUAUAUUUCUAAGCUAAAUAAAGUAACUGGAUUCUUUGAAUGCACAGAUAAAUGUACGGAUUACUCCGACUGUCCUACUGGAGCCACUUGUACGAAACAAUCUUGCUACUGUACUGAGGGUUGUAAACAACCGCAAGGAACCAGCUGCAUUACUUUGGUAAAAUUGGAUGAAGUAUGUGGGGUCCUGACUACAACCACUAGUUCACCACUGACAUCCAAUGGGAACACGGAAAAGACGGCAGUUUAUACGCAACAUGGGGCAACAACACAGCAACCAGUCCUGAGUUCAACUACAGGUUUACUGCUGACAUCAAAUGUCAACAUGGGAGACACAACAGCCUACACCCUUUUGGAUGUCCAAGAAACCCACAACAUUCCAUUUACAACAUCACCCGGAGAGACAUCAGUUACAUCACACAGCAUGUCUCAAAAAACCUCAGAGGAACCAGAAGCUCUGACUACACAACCAGUAUAUGACAGAUGUCAAUCUAAAUCCAGAGAUGAGCAGGAGUGUGAAAAACAUAAUAACACGGGUCCGGCGUGCACUUUCUUGAAAUCCAUAGAACAUGUUAAAGAAGAUGCCUGUGAGGGAAAUAUCACCAAUACUGUCCAGAAAGUGGCAUCUCAGAUCACUGACCUUAUCAAUCGAACUUCCUUGGAGACGUUGAACCUCAGUGACCUUCAAACAGUUAUUGCUGCAAUAAUUGAUAAUGUGGAAACCUCCUUGCUGGCAUCUUUCUCUGCAGACCCCAGGAAUGAACAAAUAAACACCCCUGAAAUUGAGGCAGAAAUUAAGGUCUUUCAUGACCAUUGUGGUAAUGGAUCUUCUGUUAUUCUAAGAGUCCAGGACAACAAAAUGGAAGUACCGUGUUCACUUGUAGACUCUGCAGAUGCAGGGGGAGCCAUGUUUAUCUCAUACAAAUGUCUAAACUCCAGGAUAAAUGGCAGUAUUCUUGCAGCUUUUGGGGAAUCUGAUGAAACAGGGACAGAAGAAGUGAUUUCCCCAGUGGUUGGCGGAGCAAUAACAAAUCCCAAUACAGAGAAUCUGGCCUCUCCAGUGACCUUCACAUUGAUACAUCAGAAGGCUGUAAAAUCCUUCCACACUCCAUUGUGUGUAUUCUGGGACACACAUCGUGAAGUUUGGUCAACCCAUGGAUGUACAACACAGGAGUCAGAGCAAGAGAACAGUACCCGCUGUGUCUGCACACAUCUCUCCACCUUUGCUGUCCUCAUGGCCCCCACUGAAAUUCAGGUGGACACUGGCUUAAGAGUGAUCUCUACCAUUGGCCUCAGUAUAUCUCUUGUCUGCUUGUUUCUUUCUUUUCUCACCUUCAUCCUCUGUCGGUCUCUGAGAAGCGCUCACACCUCCAUUCUAACAGUUCUGUGUGGAUGUCUCUUCCUGGGCCAACUUCUUGUUUUGGUGGGACUUGGACAAACCUGGAAUAAGACCCUCUGCUCAGUGAUUGCCGGCAGCCUACAGUUCAUCUUCCUCUGUGCAUUCUGCUGGAUGUCUCUGGAAAGCAUCCUUCUCUUCUUGACUGUCAGAAACCUGCAAGCUGUAAAUUAUAUGAACUCUCAACGCUCUUAUUUUCCAUAUCUCUGUCUCAUUGGGUUUGGAAUCCCCAUCAUCAUAAUAGUUAUAUCGGGUUCAUUAUAUCCACAUAUCUAUGGCGAAGAGACACAUUGCUGGCUCAAACUUAGUCACAUCUGGAUUUUCCUUGGUCCAGUCAGCAUCUUUAUCUCUGUUAAUUUCACUCUAUUGGUCCUCACAUUCUGGCUCCUAAAGAAGAAGUUGGCAUCUCUUAACUCUAAUGUCUCCACCCUAAAACAUACCCGCCUAAUGACAUUCAAGGCCUUGUCCCAGCUCUUCAUACUUGGCUGUACAUGGAUUAUCGGCAUCUUUCAGUUCGGACCUGGCGCUAUUGUCGCAUCUUACAUCUUCACAAUCUGCAACAGUCUUCAAGGAUUGUAUAUCCUCAUUGUACAUUGUCUGCUCAACCGCCAGGUACGGGAAGAAUACAGCAGAGCCUUCUUCAGGUGGUCUAAGAAGUCUACGUCAGAGACCAUGUCUGGUAGUACCAUGCCCAUGACUCUAAAACAAAGUCAAAUUUCAGAGGCACCAAAAGAGGACGGUCUAGGAACCCUAAAGAACCAAAAAUUAUGAGAAUUAUUGCACUCCUCAAUGUUCUAGUCAUGUACAUACAGUAUAUGCACACGGCUUCAACUAGUACAGUGGUCUACAAACUGUGGAGGGUCACAGUUUGGAGACCACCAAACUAGUACAUAGAGCCCAGUAUGAACAAUAUGAAGACAUUAGAACAAAACUACAUCAAAAAAUUGUAUUCAACCCAGCUGGCAUCAAGUGGGUGAAGAAGAAAUGGGUUGCCAACCUAAAUUUUUUUUUAUUUCGGGACAACUUAUUAAAAAAUCAUUGACAGCCAGUGUUAUUGCCGAACAAACCGAAAUGCUAUAAUAAAUUAUAAAGGUUACAAGGUUUAUGUGUCUAUAGCUCAGUAUACUGCCAUCAAAUCUUUAACAGAAUUUACUCACAAUGACCUACUAAAAUUUGGAGAAAAGUCCCUUAUUUUUAUGGACUGUUCCAGAAUUUUGUCGGAUGGUAACCUUGCUGUCCUCCACCAAUACAGAACAUUUGCACGCGCACUUAUAAUUACAGACACAGGACGGAUCAUCCAUAAGAACUAACAGGUUAAUCGGGUAUAAAUAUAUACCAUGCUUGUCUUUAAAGUCACCUCCAGAUAGGGUUGUCUUCUGCUGAACCUUUGGAACUCAUUGCUGUGUGAGAGCCUGGGCCUAUCAGAGGGCCUUCCUCUGUUACCCUGAUGGGCCAUGCAGUCAAACUAUCUACCUGAGCAAAUCCUAUAUACAUUACUAUAGAUCCAGUCAACUUAUAAAUGCCUGAGCUAUGAGCAAGAACAUUUUACCUGAGACAAGUUCACCUAUGAAGAUGUUGGACAUGUACAUAACUAAGAAGAGAAGAUUGACCUGUUGGAAUCAUAGAUUUGUCCUUCAAAAAUAAUAUUAUAUAUGAUAAAAAUGGU